AUCUCCGAGCAAAGUGCAGUUGGCAGCCGAAAAGUAUUUAGGAUCUAAAUAGUCCGGUCGAUCUUGGACAAUCUCCGUGAGCUGAGUGGGUGGACCGAGUGAGGAGCCGGUACCGCACGUCAUCCGCAACCGCCAGUAAAUACCUAGAGGGCAUAACGUCAACGCAGCAGUCAAUAUCGCAAACAGCAGAAACUUGUUGCUCUGGUCGGCUGACUUUCGUACGACGAGUCGCUAAACACCCUGCCCGCACGAUCCGCGCCGUCCUGUCUGGCUGCGUUCCAAUCAACUGGCCGCGAAAGGUCCCGCGAAACCCCGCUGACGAAGGCGCGCCGCCUCUCAACUCCCGUGAUCUGUGACCGCAUUGCGCUCCAUCGGAUGGCGAUAGCAGCUGCGCAACAACAAUGACCGCCGUUCAGCAAUCGCACGAACAGACGUCUGCGAUGGAAGACAUCCAUGGUGUUGACGUUUCAUGGCUGCACAACUCGACGAGAGACCACCACCAUCGCACGCAGGCGCCGUCGUCGCCGGGCCUGAGCAGAGAUGCGCCACCGAAGACGUCGUCUCAUGGCGGUCUGCCCACCACGCCGUCGCAGAAACAUGAAUCGCCCGCCGCAUCUGGGCCAGCGAUAGCGCCAGCAGUCCAGCGACCUGCCUCGCCUCCUGCGCCCACAUCCGCAUCGUCUGCGACAUCGAUGCCCCGGAAGAUCCCCCCCAAGCGACCAACGAUGCUUAGCCGAGGUAGCGAGCCCAGGAAUGGCGGCACCACGCCCCCAGACUCCAAGCAAAACUCGCGGCGCAACUCGUGGAUUUCCAGCAUAAGCUCCAAGUUCUCGUCGCAGAACCCCCCUGCGCAGACGACACACACCCAGGCGCAAGGGUCGCCGGCAGGUGCCAGUGGCACAUCAACCUCGCCAUCAGCCAACGGCGCUCUAAAUGGAAUCCAGGCUGCUACUGGGGGCAACAACGCAGGCCUCGAGCCAUACGUGCCUCAGCAGCCUAAGGCCAACUUUCUGUCCAAUGCACUGCGACGUCUAUCCUCGGGGUCCCAAGUUGGGACGGCGGGCAGAGUCUAUCCCAACGGCGGCAUGUGCCCUAGAAAGGUCAUGAACGUCGAUCCCCACCGCGCUCGAUGCCUUAUGCCCGAACUGGAUCAGAGUAAACUCCGUAAAGUAGCCUUCUGUGUCGACGUCGAGAUCGCUGGAGGGCCCAAAUACAAGGACGAUGCAGACCAGGACGAGAAGAAGAAGCAGCGGAAAGACAACAAAAUCAAAGAGCGCGGCGAAGGUGAAGCGCUGAAGCACCCAGCUGCCGUGGUAGAGGAGAAAGAAGCCGACGGUGUCGUCUCCACUGCGCAGGAACUUGUUGGAAGCGAACAAGAACCGAAUCCAGAGGGCACUGUGCUUGAUGACGACAAGCAAGAGCCAAGCAAGAAGAAGGAGAAAAAGAAGCGCUCCGAGGUCGAGCGCAAGGAGCGCAAAGAGAAAAAGCGCCGGAAGGCUGAGGAGAAUGGCUCGAUACCCAUGGAGCUUACCAGAGACGAAGGCGACGUGAGCGCAGAUAGCGCGGGGGCUGUGCCGGGCACCAAUACUCCUCCAAGGGCCCAAGAUCGACCAACCAUUGACCCUCUACGCAUAUACCGAAGAUGUUGCCAACUACGCGAAUCGCCCAUUCUGAAGCGCAUCAGCGACCAGCUCUCCGUUCCGUCUGCAUGCUCAACCGCUAACCCAGGAAUGGUCACAUCGCUUGACCUCACUGGGUCAAGGUUACAGCUUGCUGAUUUCGUAACGUUAUCGGAUUGGCUCGCUAUCGUGCCAGUGAAGAAGCUGUUCAUGGAGGACGCAGACCUGAAUGAUGACAAGAUCAGGGUUGUCCUUGCUGGACUCUUAGCAGCCAAGAUGCCGCACACUUCACGAAGUCGCGGCGCCGCAACAGAUGGAACGGAUGCUGGAAUGGAAGACACACAUGGUUGUGCAAUCAAAAGGCUUGUUUUGAAGAACAACACCAAGAUCACGACUGAGGGAUGGAAACACAUUGCGCUCUUCACCUACAUGUGCAAAUCUAUCAUGGCGAUCGACGUGUCGAUGAUACCCUUUCCUAAGCAGACAACUCAGGUCGCUCCACCGACAGCCACUUCACCACCUACGAAUGGAACACCGUUGACGUCACCUACCAAGGAUACGAGAACCAAGGAUAUUGCUGAUAUCUUGUCGAAGGCUAUAUCUGAGCGACUGGGUGGUUCAACAAUGCAAGAGCUACUCAUGGCUGAUUGCGGCUUGACAUCAUCGAGUAUCAGAAAGAUCGUCGACGGCUGCGUAGUUAGUGGAGUGAAACGACUGAGUCUUGCCGACAACGACAUCGACCGCGAAGGCCUGGGGCAUGUCCAGCACUACAUCCGUUCGGGUGUCUGCGAAGGCAUUGAUCUUGGUGGCAACGACUUGCGAGAAUGGAUACCUCAGCUGUGCGAAAGCCUUGAUAAACAUUCCACAGUGUGGGCUCUAUGUCUGGCCAACACUGGUCUGAGCAAGGACCACCUCAAGAUGUUGUUCCCAACACUUGUCAAUGUGCCCUCUCUAAGAUUCCUGGACCUAUCACGCAACAAGGACCUUUUUGCAGACCAAACUGCAUUGUGUCUACUGCGAAAGUACAUCCCUCAAUUCCGAGAGUUGAAGCGUCUACAUCUUCAGAACGUCGGUCUCGGGCCUGCAGACGCUAUUGCGAUCGCCGAGAUCUUGCCAGACUGCCCACAUAUCGCGCACGUCAACCUCCUUGAGAACCCCGUUAUCGCCCGGGUAGCCAUCUCGACAGAUGAAGAGACGCAAGAGGAAGCUGCAGCAAUGUUUGCAUCGUUGACGCUUGCUGCUAAAUUGUCCCGGACCCUAAUUUGCGUCGACAUUGACGUCCCUGCGCCAGAGAUGAAUGAAGUUGUCAGAGCCCUUGCUAAGCAGGUCGUAGCAUACUGCCUGCGUAACAUCGAAUUAAUCAACGAGGUGCCUGAGCUUCGAGGUAUUACAAAGGACGUCGAGUUGCCCGGCGUGCUUGCGCACCUCGUAGGGCCCACUGACGACCACCUUGCGGAUGGUUCGAUCGAGACCGCGCCAGACAACGAUUACAUUGUCGGUGGUACAGGUAUCGUCAAAGCCCUGAGCUACUGCCUGUCGCACAAGGACGCCGAUCUACGUAGAGGGUCACAGAUCGCUAGUGGCACUGUAACUCCACGCAGCCACAUUGAUGCUGCCGAAGAGCCUAGCAAGGCAAGAGCCAUGUCGAAGAACCUACUCGACACCGCACGCAACACACGAGCGAGGAUCCAGCCAGCCCUCAUACGCGAAGCAAAGGGCGGCGACGACAUGAAACACCGCCGCCUCCUCUUCCUCGACCAAACCCUCGAAGGCAUGAUCCAACGCUUCGAAGACGAGUACCCCGAGACCCGCCUCGUUCCAUCCCCACCGGACACCGCCUCCCUGCAUUCCCGUACGAGUUCCAUCCUCAGCUCGUCUCCCCCGCUAUCCUCCGUCCCCACCAUGUCCGACUCCUUCACGGAUCCCAUGGCUCAUGAAUCCGACGAGGACGAGCCCCGCCUGCUGCGUUCGCGCCACAACUCCGACGUCUCGCUCGCCUCGCGCAACAUGGCCAUCGAGGAAGGCGCCCUGCACCGCUUCGGCCACCGCGUGCGCACCGGCUUGCUCAAUCCCAGCCGCCCGACGUCCGCGCACAGCGACCAGGCCUUCCUGUCCGGCUCCAUGGACGACGAGGGUCUGCCCGAGCACCUGCGCGCGCUGCGAGAGUACUUUAUGAAUUUCUCCGGCGACGAGCUGCGGAAUAAGAUCCAGGGUCUCGGGUGGGAGCAGGCGUUUGACAGCGUCGUGGAGAAUGCGCAGGAGCUACAGAGUCUGGAGGCCGAGGAUCCCGUGGCGUUCAAGCAGUUCAGGGAGAGCCAGAUUGCGAGUCUAAAAAAUCGGAAUCCGGAUUUGCAGGUCGCUGAUGUGAUUCAGCAUGGUAGGACGGCAGAGAAGAAGACGGAGGGGGCGGCGCCGCUCAACGGGCAAGGAUAUCGGCCGAUGCCGUUCAGGGAUGUGAGUAAGAGCGACAGGAAUGAUGACUAUGCGGUCGAGUGACGCAUUGGCACGGAGUUUGUAGGAUAUGGGAAAUUUGCAUGGGUUGGCGAAGGAAGGUAAUGACGUAUGACUUUUGCAUUUGGGAUUGAGCAGCUUGUACAAGCAUCGCAGAGAGUUCAGCAUUGUUGUCAUUGUAUUGUUGUUUAGUCUAUACGGAUAGUAUUCAAGACCUUCAACAACGAAGUGCGUUCUUAUCCCUCUCUGGUCGAUUCAUACUGGGUCGGUUUA